AUGGGCGCCAGUGGUGUCCUCUCGCAGGCAGGCCAUGGAGCUAUGAGUCUGGAUACAUGGUGCGUUACGUACCUGUCUACCUACCUUGUCCCGGUAGCAAAUCCCGAUCAAGCAACGGAUGUAUCUUCUUCACAACCGCCCUUUACGGGAAACAGCUCAACUGACUGUGUAACAGAAACAGAGUCCCAGAGCGCAUUGACGUCUGAUACGUCGGUGUUCACUUCAGUUGCUGUAUCUUCAAGCGUGGAGACUGAACUAACGGAAGCUCAAUCGGGCUCAGAAACAGUGUCAUUUGAUUCAACGGCCGGAACUCUGGCCGACCAGAUCACCUCGGCAUCAUCAGAAUCCACCAUCAGUACUGAUGCACUCACCACCUCAACAAGCAUCAUUGAACCACCAGGCCGCUCAGUAAUUUUCCUCAUCUCCGCUCCCAACACCCGCAAACGCCAAAACACAGACAAGGGUUUUGUGGGAAACAACAACCCAUCAAUCUGCACCUUUGCUCAAAGCUUCAACCUAGCAGAAGAGCAGCUCUUCAUAGAUGGAGUGCUAUUCUUCUACGACGGCGAGGAUUAUAAAGAGCUUGUUAUGGGACCCACACCCCCGGCAGGUGCUGUCACGAGACUCUUCACUACAGCUGGACGGUCGCUACAGGUGGAUUUGCCUGGCGGCGAGGCGGGAUUUUGUCAAACGAGUGAUGGCAGGGUUUAUGUGACUUUUACCCGUGGACCGGCUGGGUGUGAGGCUGUAUCUCUGGAUGUUUAUGACGAGAGACAGUGUCAGAAUGGGAGACUUGUUGGGAUUGAUACGACUACAAGCGCUAUGAAGACUGCGACGUCUGAGGUCAUCAGCUCUGGAAAUGCGACCAGCGCUGAAGGUUCUGCGACAACAGAGACCACUGAAACUACCUCUGAAAGCAUCGCUACGUCAAGCAAUGUCGCUCAGACCCAAUCUGUCGGGCCAGUUUCGCAAACGACUCAUUCCGAGGCAUCUACGGCAGCUUCUUCCAGGGCAGUCGAGUCCUCUACCUCGGUCCUUUCAACGACCACGACCACUACCGUCGUAUCAGAUGCUUCUACACAGUCCCAAGCCUCAUCUUCUGUUCUUGGUGAAUCCACCACCGACGAGGUGUUCCCAACCACUGCGCCUUCGCUCGUAAGCACAUCAGCUCAGGCAGAAGAGUCAACUUCAAUCAAGCCAUCAUCACAGGCUUCAUCGGAGACCACUGAGUCUGGUACAACAAGCUCUGAAGAAAGUACCUCUGAUGUCGCGCUUGAAACUACAACUGAGGCAAGGACAUCUACUAGAGAGACUACUGCCGCGGACGAGACCAGCACUGAGAACGAAACGACUACAGAGGCUGCUACUGAGAGUGAAACUACGACCACUGAAUCUUCUGCUCCUAGCGAAGAUAUAUCUACCACCGAUGUUACGGCUGUGGACAGCUCGACAGCAGGUACGACUGCUGAAGAGUCUACCAGCGAAGCAUCUACUACUGCUGAAGAGACGACCACUGCAGAGUCCACCAUUGCACAGUCAACCACCGAAGAGCCUACAACCAUAGAGUCAACAACCGACAUCCCAACGACAACAACAACUUCCACAGCCACUACAACAACCGCCGCCCUAGCCUGCACCGACCUCUCCGAUCCCUACAUGGACUCAACCGGCACAACAUACGCACUCCUAUGCAACACCGACGUAAACGGCUACACAUCGAUAAACGGAUUCACCGCGGCCAGUUUCGUAGCCUGCAUAGAAGCAUGCUCCGUGUACGUGGGGUGCGCGGGUAUAGAGUUCUUGAAGAGCACGGGGUAUUGUACUUUGUUCAAUUCUUCGACCGGGUCGUCUCCUACUACUGAUUAUGACAUUGCUCUUGGCGCCUUGAGGGAGGGAUGAUUGACAGGGGUUGCUCUGUAGCUUGCUUCUGUGUUGUCUUGUGUUGGAUGAUAUGUUUACUCUGCUUCUUAGCUUUAGCAUCGAUUCAAUUCAAUUCCAUAUCCAUGUCGUUAUGACAUCUCACUCCUCCUUCAAGGUUUA